GUGUUUUGUAAGAUAAAGAACUGGUGGAAUUUGGGUUGGUAAAUCUUUUCUUUUCUUGUGCGAGCUGGAAGAGUACGACCAUUACUGUAAUGAUCCCAACUACGGGGGUUGGGCCGGGCGAAGGGUGGAGGUUUGGUCAUUGGAACUCCGUUGAUUCCGAACUCGAUUUUACUUACAUAUAUGCUACGAAGAGUCGACCUCGUGCAGAGUGAUGGGAACUGACACUCUUCCUUACGCUCGUGUCCUCUUCUCUUCUUCGAGAACCAUAAGCAAUUGGUGACGGUGACGGUGACCAUGACCGUUAGCGACAAGGACGAAAGUCAACUGGAGACCAGUGGUCCCGGGGACUCAACCGUCGCUGCUGCUGAAGUCGCUGAGGUCGCAUCGCCGUCGAAUCCCACACAGGCUCAGGCUGCCGCACCCCCAGACGGCGGAUGGCAGGCGUGGCUUCAAGUGGCGGGCAGUUUUGUCCUGUUCUUCAACUCUUGGGGUUUACUGAGCACAUUCGGCGUGUUUCAGACCUACUACGAGUCGGGAGCGCUGUUUAACGAGUCCUCGUCCAAUAUCGCGUGGAUCGGGGCCAUCCAGGCGGCCUUGGUGUACGUGGUGGCCCUGGUUUCGGGCCCCAUCUACGAUCGAGGCUUCCUGAGGGCGCUGGUGUGGUUCGGGAGCUUCAUGGUGAUCUUCGGCCUCAUGACGACCAGCGUGUGCAAGGAAUACUGGGAGUUCGUGUUGGCCCAGGGGUUCGUGACCGGCAUCGGGGCCGGAUGUCUGUUUGUCCCCUGCGUCGCGGUGCUUCCACAGUAUUUCCGGUCCAAGAUCGGGCUGGCCGUGGGCAUCGCGUCCUCGGGUUCGGCCCUGGGUGGCGUCAUCUAUCCCAUCGUCUUGUACCGUCUCCUGGGCCCGAUCGGGUUUGGUUGGUCGGUGCGGGUGAUUGCGUUCAUGGCCCUGGGGACCUUGUUGCUACCGAUCGUCAUCCUUCGGAUGCGCGUGCAACCGGCUAAGAUUCGGAGUCUGAUCGACUGGACCGCCUUCCGGGACGUGGACUAUCUCCUGUUCACCGUCUCGACUAUGAUCGGCUUCGUCAGCGUCAUCUCCAUGCUGUUCUACAUUUCCUUUUACCCGGACGACAAGCACAUUACCGGCACGAAGUUGGCAUUUUAUACCCUCCCGAUUUUCAACACCGCCUCCUGUCUGGGCAGAACGAUUCCAAACUGGAUAUCCGACAAGACCGGACCGAUCAACCUCAUCGCCCCGGGGGCACUAAUAUUUGGCAUCCUGACAUUUUGUAUGCCCGCCGUCGUCAACACCGGGGGCUUUCUUGUUCUGGCUUUCCUGGCCGGUUUCUUCAACGGGAUCUACAUCGCCCUCCCCCCCGUGUGCUUCGUCGCUUUGACCCAAAACAAGGCUCUGAUCGGAACGCGAAUGGGCAUGGGUUUUACCUUUGUCGCUUUCGGCGUCUUGAUCGGUGGACCUGGAAGCGGCGCCAUCCUAGCCACGCACCAUCCGACCAACAACUGGGUCGGAUUCUGGGUUUUCUCGGGCGUGUGUGCAUGCGUCUCGAGCUUUUUAUACACCAUUUUACGCGUCAAGAAAGUUGGACUUAGCCCGUGGGCCAAGAUCUAGUUGGGAAUUGAAGAGGUCUCUAAGUGCAAAGUGAAUUCCAGACUGCCUGACGAAUGGAGAGAUAUAGAUAGUCUUUUCUGGUAGAGACUGAAUCAAGGGAAGAAACGCCGGAUGACACGUCUAUUUGUUAAUAUCCCACACUGUUCCACAAACGCACGUAGUCCUUGAACAAAUUCGGAACAGCUCUGCCUUAUCAUGAACGGGAAUCUGAAAUUGAACAUCAAGCCUUGGACAGCACAGGAAAAGAGACGAGCAUCAGCGAGUAUAUUAGGUCACAACGGGCUCAUACGCUCGGUGAGAAUGGAACCUAUCUGAACUGAUGGGCCGGUUCAGAUAUGUGUCACAUGGUAGCUCCAAAUAUGUGUAGUGAU